AUGGGGCGCUAUGGGGCAGCUAUGGAGCGCUAUGGGAUGGCUAUGGGGACCUAUGGCGCGGCUGUGGGGCGCUAUGGGCUGCUGUGGGGCGCUGAUCCAUGGGCUGUGCUAUGGGGCAGCGGCGGUCAUGGCAUCCCCCCUCUUCCCCCGGGUCCACGCUCUGGCCCUGGCGCUACUUGUGGGGCUGGGCCCCACACUGAAGGCUCGAGCAGAUCCCCACAGCAUCUUGGCUUCGCCCCAUAACCUGCUGGAGACACGCCUCCUGCGCUCGGCGGGCUCCUGGACGGCUCUGCUGGCUCUGUCCCUGGCCGUGGCCUCCCUGCCGCUCCUCCGCCCGACAGGGGGCGCCGUGGCGCGGGCCGCGGCUCGCUGGGCCGUGGGGGCCGCUCUGUCCCGCGGCGCCCCGCGCUGGCUGUGGGACUCGUUGGUGGCCGCUACGGGGCGCUGCUGGGCCCGAGGCGCUGUCCAUGGUGGCGCCCUCCUCCUGCCCUACGGCGACCCCCGCAGCUGCCGGGCCCACGGCCACCAAUGGGAAGGCUUCGGGGUCUCCCCACAGGCCUUCGCCCUCGUCCAUUGCGGGCUGGGAUUGGCUGAGGAGGGUGGGGCCGCCAUCGUCACCUAUGGGGCCGCCAUCGUCACCUAUGGGGCCGCCGUCGUCACCUAUGGGGCUUGCGCCCCCUAUGAGGUCCCCAUCCCCUAG